AUGCCAAACAACCAAUUUGAAAGACUCAGUUCUCGCAUUUCAUGUGAAUACGGCCGAAUAAAGUCAGAUGAUUUUCGUUUUACCAAUGAAUUGUAUGGUGAAUAUAACAAUGCUCCUCCAGAAUCCACUGCAGGGAAAACUAAUACAGAGGAAUCUUCAAUCAGUGUGUCAUCCUGUGCAAAGUUUUUUUCAGUCUGUACAAAAGGUUUUGCUUUUCUCUUUGCAUUACUGUGUAUUGCUUUUACACUGUCUCUCAUAGUUGUUGGCAGUUACUAUGUAAAUAACUGUUCUUGUCAACCAUUCAUCCCAAUUUAUCUGAUUGUAACUGGGUGUCUACUAUUCCUACUCCUCAUUUAUGCUCGAUAUCAAUCUCAUCGGCGGCUACAAAAUGCUGACUUUGAUUAUUACGUGUCUGACAGUGAAGUAACAAGAACUCUCUUUCGAUAUUUAAAGGAUCUUCUUUCUUUGUUUGUAUUUGCAUGGUUUAUUGCGGGGAGUGUUACAGUCUACCAGAUUUACUGGAAAAUCAAUUUUCACAAUGUUACUUCUGAAUGCUAUUGUCAGCCAUUAUUAUACAAAUAUACUUUCUGGAGUAUCACAGGUUUCUACAUACUUUUGGCAUCUGUUUUUGUCACUGGAUUGAUUGCAAUGUUUAUAAAAUAUUUAUUUUCCUGCUGUGAAGAUGAAGAUUAUUAA